AUGGAGGCGUUCGAGCACAUGAUAGUGGAUGAGUUUAACGAAGAGGACUUCUACGAGACCAUAGAAGCACCAAAGUUUGUAGACCUUACCGCUCCUGAUCAUCGUCCCCAAGGCGACGAUCGUUACUGGUUUUGUUCCAGAGUUGGCUGUGAUCAAAAGCAUGAAGAAUUUAUGGAUUCGGAAGCAAUCUACCAAAAAUUCGUUCUUCGGGUCAUGGCAGCUAGGAGUCCAAGUGUUCGUCUUCGAAAAGCUCUUUACAAAAAAGAUUUUAGUGUAGAGCUUAAAUGCCCCAACACAGUUCCUGCAAAGCCCUCGAGAUCACGCGUUGCUAGAUUGGCCAUGAUCUCAUCCAUCCCUCACAAGGCUAACAACAAUAUGAGAUCAAAAGAAGCAAAAGUGAUUUGCACAAACAAGAAUGCAACUCCAAAGGCAAAGGUCAAAGGAAAAGAGUCAUCCAAGGCCUUCACCGAGCGGAAGACGAAGACGCUAAUGCAGAGUCCGAGUCCAGCAGCUGCUUUUAGGAGUGUGCAGAAUCCGACAACGAGUAGAGUGACGCCGCAGAAGAGAGUUGUUGCAAAGGCUUUGGUGUUUCAUUCUCCAAACAAGUUGGUGAAACUAAAGACAUCCGUGGAGCUUAAGAAGUUGUGUAAUGGGAUGAGGAAGCUUGGGAUUGAUAGCCAAACAAGAGGUGGUUUGGGGGUUGAGACUUGUAAACGACCACGAAAGGGACGAGAUGUGAAGAGCCGAGUGUUUGAUUCUUUGCGGCCAAAGACACAACAGAUUGAUGAAAAGGCUAAAGGUAGUGGUACAUUGAAACAGAGGAUCAAUGGAAAGGAAGAGCCUUUGCUUUCCUCUGUUCCUUUGAAAUCUAAUGAGGCUAAUGGUAUGAUACUUGAGAAUGAAGAGUCCUUGGUUGUUGUUGAAAAGAAAUCUGAAGGGAAGCAAAACCAAAUUGCAGAGACUGAAGAUAAGGAAAAUGCAUUAGCUUUGGAGGAAAAGAAUGCAACGGAUGUCAAAAGAGAAGCUGUUUCUGUGACAGAAGAGAGUGGAGAGGAUAAAGCAAAGCAAUACGAGACUAGGGAGAUUGAGGAUAAAGAGAAUGCAUCACCAUUCAAGUGUGACGACGACAAAGAAAAUUCUUCAGCCUUGGACAACAACAGGUGCAGGAAAGUCGACCAAGCCACAUACCCUCUGUUGAAAAAGAAAGUCUUUGGCAAGAAAGAAACCACUCAAAAGGCGAUGACAGUAGCAGCGGAUAAGUGUUUCAAUGGCAAGACUGUCUCGGCUAAUAACCGUCUCAAGUAUACAAAACCUAAGCUCACAAAUCCAAAGCCUUUUCGACUAAGAACCAACGAAAGAGGAAUUCUCAAGGAAGCAAACACGGACAAGAAACCACAGUUUGCUCUUCCCAAAGAAGAAGGAGCAGAAUGUACAAACAUUCUAAGGCCAGUUAGACUGGAGAAGAACACAACUCCACGGUCAAAAGCUUUUAGAGGAACAUCCACAACAACAACACUUGUUGGACACGAUGCCUCUGAUAACAUGGUGAAUGGCAAGAGGGUUGCAUUAGGUACAAAGAAGAAAGUGGCAAGCAAAACGAUUGAAACCUCAUUAGGGAGGAAAGGAGAAUCUAAGGAAGCUGCAGUCAUCAACAAACCUUAUGUUUGUGGUGUUGCUUCAGUGGAGAAAAGACCUGCAACUAUCCCAAAGGGACCAAACUUCCAUAGCAUUCACGUCCCUAAGAGCUGUACAAAGAGAGUGGCUUCCCAAGUCUAA